AUGUCAUCGCCUCGAACGCCGGGCCACUCCCGGCAUGGCUCGCUCGACUACUCCGCCGCCUCCUACGCCUCAUACUCUCCACAACAAGAGCGUCGCCUGUCCAAAGCGUCCUCCUUCAACGACUCGUCCAUGGAUGCAGGCAUCUCCAGCGUGACAGGCGGUGGCGGAGGGGAAAGUGGACUCGGGAAUUUAGCGGAUGAACUGGCUGGCGCCUUCUCGGACGAGGAAGAUUACGACGAUGCGUAUGAAGAGGGCGACUAUGGCGACGAGGAGCAGGAAGCGAACGGAGAACAAAGGGCGCCGGGGAUCAGCUUGGAGGAUACCACAGGGGAACGGAAAGACGAAGUGGUCAGGGAUAGCGGCGUGGAUGUGGGGAGUCCCUCGAAGGCGGGGAGAGGAAGUAACGACAAGGCGAGCCUCGGGCUGCCGACACCGAGUGGGCGGGGUCAUCGGCGGAAGGGAAGUGAGUACGAUGGGAGCGAGUACGGCAGUGAAUCCGACCUAGAAUCGCCUGGGUGGCCGCCCAGGCUGGUCGACAAGAUGGACGAGGUCGAAUCCCUGGCGCGGAGGGGAACGGAGAAGAACGGCUCAGCGGCAGACGGGGCAUUCAAGCGAGUUACCGAAGGGCUGCGGGACCUGGGUUCUCAGGGCGGCAUCGAGGGAGGCGCUACAAGGUUAAUAACCGCGCAUUCGGCGCUAACAACCCACCUCGCCCACCAAACCCGCCAGCUGCACAACCUUACCUUCCCCCUGCUCUCCCCGCUGGUCGCGCCCCCGGACCCGGAAACAAUCGACAGCCUCCUGCCGAUGCUCCUCUCCCUGUCGGACCUCAUGCCGCGCCCUUCCACCGCGGCCUUCCAGUCGCUCGCCUCGCUGCACGCGCUCACGGCCGACCUGGUGCAGACGCUCAACUACCUGUCGGACGCGUUGCACAUGUCGCGGCAGACGACGACGACGGCGACGCGGCGGCUCAAGAGCGCGCGCGACCUGGUGGCCGAGAUGCGCCGCGACGAGGAGCUGCGCGAGGAGGGCGAGCGCUGGCUGGCGCGCGGCAACUGGGGCGAGCGGCUCGCCCGGCGCGAGUGCGCGCACGUCUGCGGCGAGGUCGUCGGCGGCUUCGAGGAGGUCUGCGAGUCCUGGCGCGAGAGGUUAAAAGCGCUCGCCGAGUCGUCGCAGGCAUAG